UCACGCAAUUCUCAACUGCUUUUCCGCACUCAGACAGCUUCGAAUCUGCCACCAAAACAUCCAAUUUCUGACGUUUUCUACCGUGCUCUUCCAGAUUCUUCUCAGCUUGGUGAUAGAUUUUUCAUAAUGGUUGCUACCGCCGCUACUUCUGCAUUUUUUCCAGUUGCAUCUCCUCCACCCGAUUCUGGUGCCAAGACAUCCAGCAAGCUUGGAGGACCUCCAGCAAAUGUGGAUGCACGAGGGAUUAAAUCAAAAUCUGCUGCCACUGGGGGUUUGCAGGUUAAGGCCAAUGCACAAGCCCCUUCCAAGGUAAACGGUACCAAAGUUGGUGUAAUGGAGGGGCUCAAGAGUGAGGAUGAUUCGCCAUCACUUCACCAAAGGACUUUUAUCAACCAACUACCUGAUUGGAGCAUGCUUCUUGCUGCUGUCACGACGAUAUUCUUGGCAGCAGAGAAGCAGUGGAUGAUGCUUGAUUGGAAGCCAAGGCGCCCUGAUAUGCUCAUCGAUUCGUUUGGUUUUGGGAAAAUUGUUGAGGAUGGUUUUGUUUUCCGUCAAAACUUCUCUAUCAGAUCCUAUGAGAUAGGGGCUGAUCGGACCGCCUCUAUAGAGACAUUGAUGAAUCAUUUGCAGGAAACAGCUCUUAAUCACGUGAAGAGUGCAGGACUUCUGGGUGAUGGCUUUGGUUCAACUCCGGAGAUGUGCAAAAAGAACCUGAUUUGGGUGGUCACUAAAAUGCAGGUUCUGGUAGAUCGCUAUCCUACUUGGGGUGAUGUAGUGCAAGUAGACACCUUGGUAGCUGCAUCCGGAAAGAAUGGUAUGCGGUGUGAUUGGCUUGUUCGUGACUGCAGAACAGGGGACAUUUUAACUAGAGCAUCCAGUGUCUGGGUGAUGAUGAAUAAAGAGACGCGGAGGUUAUCUAAAAUUCCUAAUGAAGUUCGAGGGGAAAUGGGUACUUUUUUUGUGGAUUCACCUCCUGUUGUGGACGAGGACAGCAGAAAAUUACUAAAACUUGAUGAAAGCACAGCAGAUUAUAUUCGUAAUGGUUUAACGCCUAGAUGGAGUGAUCUAGAUGUCAAUCAGCAUGUUAACAAUGUGAAAUACAUCGGAUGGAUUCUUGAGAGUGCACCACUGCCAAUUUUGGAUCAUGAGCUUUGCGGCAUGACUCUGGAGUACAGGAGGGAAUGCGGGAGGGACAGCGUGCUGCAGUCCCUAACCACUGUAUCUGGUGGUGGUGUUGGCAGUUUGGUUGAUCCUGGUUAUGUUGAGUGCCAGCAUUUGCUUCGACUUGAGGGUGGGGCUGAGAUUGUGAAGGGAAGAACUGAAUGGAGGCCCAAAUAUGCCAACUGUGUUGGGACCCUUGGUCACUUCCAGCAGAAAGCAGUUAAUUGUUGAAGUUCUUUAUUGCUUGGAGUGGCAGUAAGUCUUAUCCUUCGUGUCGCCGCGAUGCCCAUGUAAAAUCCCUACUCGAGUUCCUGGAUUAUAUAUGGUUUUUCAUUAUAUAUAUUUCUUCUGAUCUGUGUUCUUGUUUGGGAGAAUAGAGAAAAGUUCUUAAGCCUUUUGUAA